AUGAUCUUCUGCAUGCUGCUGUUGGCCUCACUGCCUGAGCCAUCUGGCACCGAAGUCAACCCUGCUAUAUGCCGUUACCCUUUGGGUAUGCAUGAAGGGACGAUACGAGAUGAAGACAUCACUGCUUCCAGCCAGUGGUAUGAUUCCACAGGACCCCAGUAUGCACGGUUACAGAGGGAAGAGGGGGAUGGAGCCUGGUGCCCAGCUGGCUUGUUGCAACCAGAAGAUGUACAGUUCCUUCAAAUUGACCUGCACAAGCUCUUUUUCAUCACCUUGAUUGGGACUCAGGGACGGCAUGCCCGUGCCACAGGCAAAGAAUUUGCCCGUGCUUACCGAAUUGACUAUAGUCGCAACGGAGAGCGCUGGAUCUCCUGGAAAGAUCGUCAGGGCAGGAAGGUGAUCCAAGGCAACAUCGAUACUUACGACGUGGUCUUGAAAGAUCUUCGGCCUCCCAUCAUUGCACGUUUUAUCCGGGUGAUUCCUGUGACGGAGAUGCCAAUGACUGUCUGUAUGAGGGUAGAGCUCUAUGGCUGUGUCUGGUAUGAUGGUUUGGCAUCCUAUAGCAUCCCUGAAGGAGGGACAAUAGCGGCUCCUGGCUUCCCCAUCGUUUAUCUGAAUGACUCGACCUAUGAUGGCUACCAGGAGCGCAGGCACUUGUACGGUGGUCUGGGCCAGCUGACAGAUGGUGUGCUAGGACUGGACGACUUCACGCAGAGCCACCAGUACCGUGUGUGGCCAGGCUAUGACUAUGUUGGCUGGAAGAAUGAGAGCUUCAGCACGGGCUCUGUUGAAAUGGAGUUCCAGUUUGACCGACCACGAAACUUCACGUCCAUGAAGGUGCAUUGUAACAACAUGUUUUCCAAGGGGGUGAAGAUCUUCCAGAAGGUGGAGUGUCUGUUCAAACCACGCCUGAUUGCAGACUGGGAGUCUGAACCUGUCGGAGUGGCAACUGUCUUAGAUGACAAAAACCCCAGCGCUAGGUUUGUGACUGUCCCCCUCAAUCAGCGCGUAGGUAAAGCCAUACUUUGCCGCUUCUACUUUGCUGACACCUGGAUGAUGAUGAGCGAGAUUUCCUUCCAGUCAGACAUGGAGAGCGUGAAUCCUAAUUUUGUUACGGUAGCCACAAGCACAACAGAUCUCCUGGAAACAGAGUGCAACGUUACUGAGGGGACCUGGGAAACCACAUCGUCUGUAACCAGCACCUGGAUAGGAGAGAAGGCAGAUGACUCCAAUACCUCCAUCCUCGUGGGCUGCCUUGUGGCUAUUAUUCUUCUGCUCCUGAUGAUUAUCAUCAUUAUUCUUUGGAAGCAAUAUGUUCAAAAAAGGUUGGAAAAGGCCCCACGUCGAAUCCUGGAGGAGGAUGCCACAGUUCGCCUCUCCUUCUACAGCUACACCAUUGCCAACAACCAGACCCAGAUCCACCAGUCCAAUCCCACCUAUGAACGUGCUUUCCCACUGGAUUUGGAGUAUCACCAGCCAGCUACGCUGCUCCAAAAGCUUCCAGAACUCUCCCAAAGUGCAGAGGAUUCAGUGUGCAGUGGGGACUAUGCUGAGCCUGACCUGACCAAGUCCACUCCUCACCAAGGCUUUCAGAACAAUGUUCCUCACUACGCUGAAACGGAUAUUGUCCACCUGCAAGGUGUGACCGGCAACAACAUGUAUGCAGUCCCAGCCCUCACUGUGGAUUCACUUACCAAGAAGGACAUCUCAGUGGGUGAAUUCCCACGGCAGCAGCUACGACUCAAGGAGAAGCUGGGAGAAGGACAGUUUGGAGAGGUGCACCUUUGUGAAGCCGAUGGCCUGCUGGAAUUCUUGGGAGUCUCGUCUACAGAAUUCACUCACCAGCCGGUUCUUGUAGCAGUGAAAAUGCUGAGAUCAGAUGUCAACAAAACAGCCAGAAAUGAUUUCCUGAAGGAGAUCAAGAUCAUGUCACGGCUGAAGAACCCAAAUAUCAUCCGGCUUCUGGGGGUGUGUGUGCGUGAUGACCCACUGUGCAUGAUAACAGAGUACAUGGAAAAUGGAGACCUCAAUCAGUUCCUGUCGCAGAGGGAGAUCUACAGCAAAUUUGCCAUUUCAAACAAUAUUCCCUGCGUCAGCUACUCUAACCUGCUGUACAUGGCCACCCAGAUUGCCUCUGGAAUGAAGUAUUUAGCAUCUCUGAAUUUUGUGCACAGAGAUCUGGCAACUCGCAACUGCCUGGUGGGGAACAACUACACCAUCAAGAUUGCAGACUUUGGCAUGAGCAGGAAUCUUUACAGUGGGGAUUACUACCGCAUCCAGGGAAGAGCCGUACUGCCCAUACGUUGGAUGGCCUGGGAAAGCAUCCUCCUGGGCAAGUUCACCACAGCCAGUGAUGUCUGGGCGUUUGGGGUCACCCUCUGGGAGAUGUUCAUACUGUGUAAGGAGCAACCUUACAGCCUCCUCUCAGAUGAGCAAGUCAUCGAGAACACAGGAGAGUUCUUCCGGAGCCAGGGCAGGCAGAUCUAUCUCUCCCAGACUCCUCUGUGUCCUAACCCUGUGUUUGACCUGAUGCUGAAAUGUUGGAGCAGGGAUAUAAAAGAUCGUCCCACUUUUGACAUGAUUCACCACUUCCUGCUAGAACAAAUGGAAUCAAACAUUUGACUCCAGAAAGAGAGACAGACUGUUGAGAACAGAGUGACUUUGGUGUCUCUUUGCCUGUACCUCACGGGAAGAUGGUCAGGCCACCUUGCUCUCCUCCCUUGACUGUACCGUAUUUAAGUUGAGAUGUCCAUGGCAGCUGCUCAUUCUAUUGGCCAUGGUCUGACACACAGGACCAGAGGAUCUCAUUUGGUUGAAAAAUCAUCUCCUCUUCUGAAUCAUUUCCUGGGAAUACUGUGAGAGGGUUUUAUUAGAUACCCGUACACCUUUGGGCAAAACGAAUGAGUGAAACUGAGGGACUUGGAGCUCUCUCCUGGGUGGAAUAGAAGGCUACCAGUCGGUGAGAGCGCUACCACUCAAGAACAGAUUUCUAGAAGUAAAGACUUCAGUCUUCUAAAACUAUUCCAUUAAAUCAAAUGGAAGUCUUGUGCACAUUAGCAAGUGUUUCUGUAUGCUCUUGCUACAGACAAUAUGUAUAGUGAGAGACUAGAAAUGUCUAGAGCUAGGAAAUGGUUUGACGGACUUGAGAACUGACGGAGCAUUUAGCAACCCUUUGGAAGUAACGCUGCCAGGGUCUAUGGAGGAUGCUGAUACAAGAGUCCAAGAUCAUGUUCUUUUUUCCUGUGGUUGUUAAGCACUGCUUUUGUUAUAUAUGUGCGUUUUCCCCACACUGGAUUUUUUUUUUUCUAGAAAAAAAAUUUUGAAAAUGAAUGUUAAAGGUCGUAGGAAGGUCACUGCGGUAGAAGAUCUUCUUUUGACCUACAAAUUAAGGCUAGGGUAGGGAGUUUGUAUUGAAAAGUAGCUGAUACUGUACUACUGUCACUAUGUAGAUUUAUUAGCCUAAUGAACUUGUAGCCACAAUGGACUGAUGUGCAAUUAAUCCUGUAUAAGUACCCAUUAAUAUGAGAUCUCUAAGUCAAUGCUGUUACAUGUGCAGAGGGAACUUAGAUUUGGUGAAACCGAAUGGCUGAGAGCGGAACCCGCUAUGUCACUUGUCAUAGCUCAUGCGAGAGGAAAAGGAGCAGAGUACGGGUCGUCCCCCGGCACACGCGUGCGCGCACGCACUCAGAUACGUAUGUCUAGCAUCAGUGGUUCCUCUUCAGGUCUGCAGCAGGGUUAGUGCUGUCGGCCAGGGAGACGCACUUCGGCCCAGGCUCCUUUAUUGCUGUGAUCAAAUCGGGCAUCGGGAGAUGGGACUGACAUAUCCCCUUAGUCUGGGUUUGUGUUUUAUUUUGGAUGCUCCCUGCACGACGCAAGACCAUUUACUCAUUGAACUUGGGGUUGUUUUUUGUUUGUUGUGUCACAAACGGCUCAUUCUCUGGAGGGUUUUAGAGGGCUCUGAAAUCCAUUUGGAGUAAGUUAGAGAAUUCAGCUCGUUUCUACAAUAAACCCAUUGUGGAUUUACCAGCUGCCUGGGGAAUACUCUGCUAUUCCCUCUCUAAUCAUUUAGCAAGAUACUUAGGACCAAACCAAAUAUUUCAUAAGCUGGGAGAAGAUGAAAGCUCAGCACUUGGCUUUUUUAUAACAGCAUCCAGCAUAGCAUAUAUUUCCAGUAAAGAUUAUAAAGAUAAUUUUUGUCUUAGCCACAAGCAUAGUAUGAAUGGCUGUCUGUGCUAUGAGCUCUGUAAGAGGGCACUGCUGAGAGAGGGGAUGUCAAAACAGUUACAAUAUGAGGAUAACUUAUGUUGAAAGAAAAAGCAUGCUUCUGAAUUGGCAGCUGCCAGGACGGAGCCUGGCAUGGCUGUGUCUGCUCCCCGGGCAGAACAAACUGUGGUGAAGUUUCCCCAGUUGCAGCUCCCUUGAUAGGACCGUGCCCAGGUUGUCCCGCUGCAGGCCCGGCGUGGGGUUCCCCUGGCUGCGCGUAGGCGUCUCCAUCCGAGCCGGUCCUCUGAGCCCCCUUUACGUGCUAAGGAGCCGGGGGGUCCAAGUCAUCUCAUCUCCCUGCGAGGGCUGCAUGGGCUCAGGUGAAUCUCACCCCCAGAUAGGUAAUUUUUUUCUCCUUUGACUAGAGGGGCCCAGGGUGAGCUGCCGUUACACGUGUGCGCCGUCCAUCUGGAGCUGGGCGGUGGGAGGCAAAGCCAGCGUGGUCCCUGCUGCAGCCUGGUGGGCACUGGUGGCUGGCAAACCAUGCAUUGAUUGUAUUUCUGGAGUAUUUCUAUCCUGUCCCAGAAAAUGUACCCAAGUCAUACACAGCCGUGUGCGUGAUCUCCUGUACUUUGGAGUUUAGAGAUACCAGAGCGCUGUAACGUCACCUGGAUGGGCUUUGUACUUCUGUUACGUCAGGAUGUGCUGUUCCUCCGUUGACAUGUUGACAUACGAAGUUUCUCUCAUAUCAAUAAAUUCUAACGAUAA